GCCGACACAGGCGGGAAGAGAGAAGCGAGCGGACGAGUGCGUGCGAUAUCUCGAGCAAAUAGAAUUAACGACCCGGGACGAGGAAAUUUCAUGAUCAAGAGGCCGGCCAUGCUUCUUUUGGGUUAACAACACAUAUUGUCUUAUGGUAGUAUCGUAUUAUAGAAUGGAUGAUAAGGGCCCAGACUCCAACGGACGAGAGAGAGAGAGAGACAAAGAGUGGAGAGAGGGUCGAGGUAUCCAAGGGUCGACAGCACUUGGACGGGGUCCAGGACCGAACCAAAAGGGGAGAAGAUUUAAAAAAAUGAAAGGAAGAAAAAAAAAAAAGGGCAUUUCCUUCUUUUUGCUGCAGAAUGAAGACACACGCACGUGCCAAUACCGAUCGAUAAUGCCCUGCUCCUUUCUGGGUCUGUCCAAAUCGCAUAUUGUCUAUCCGUAUAUCCGUCUUACAUCACCCGCCCUGCCCCCCUCCCCGUUCCCACUUAAGCGCUGCCCAUUUCGAGAGCCGCGCUAUGCCUCAUCCUUCAUCUCCCUCGGGUUCUCUCUCACCAUCACUUUCAUUCUCUUGCUCUGUGUAUCUCGCCGUCGCCUUUUGUCGUAAUCUGCGACUCUUCUUCUCGCCUGUCCAUUAUAUCCAACUUUUUUUUUUUUUUUUUUUUUUUUUACCUCCUUCGCCGCUUCUCGUGAUCCUACCACCAUCGUGUCCA